UGGAUAAUUCAUGGAUAUUAUUGGGAGAAGUUACUUGUAAAUCAUUUCUUGGAGUUGAAGGGUUAAAUUCUAUACACAAUCUUAUUUUCAGGAACUGAAUUAUCAAUGGAACUAGGAGUAAAAGAAAAGGAAUACACAACAAAAAUUGGAUCAGCCGAUGAAUCUAAUGUUGCAUUAGAAGCAUCUGAUGUAAAAUUAGUAAAAGACAAAGUUUCAGCAGGGACAGCUGUUGAUGCUUAUGAAGAAAUUACAAAGAGUGAAGUCACAUCGUUAGAUGAUUGGGAGGACGUUCAUAGAUCAUGCUUGUCGGAAAUCCCACCAAUUGAUCCAGAAAUCUUGAAUGAUUUAGAGAUAAGGGCUAGUGACGUAGCAGGGAACUUGGAUCACAUGCUCAAAGCUUUAGCCAACAGUUUGAAAGCCAUGUCCCAAGUGAGCACAGAUUGCCUGAGUGCUUAUGAUACUUGUGUUGAUCAUGUGAGCGAGGCAGUGGAUGUGAACAUUAAAUCUAUGUACACUCUGAUUGCAAGAUGUGAAGAACUGAAUGCAAGCCUCAAACCAGUUCAACACUUGGCUGAACAAGUAAAGGAAAUUAAGAGAACAUUAGAUGUUUUUGAAGCAGUUUGCAAGUGAUUGUGGACUAAGAUAUUCUUUUACAUUCAAGGCUUCAGUGUUCUCUGCACAGAUCUUUCUAUCAGUGUUAAUUUUGUAUCAGGGUAUCCAUGUUAAUUAGUUAAGGUUUGUCUACUUUCAAGAGCAAAAAUAAUAUCCCUGCUUCUUCACUCAAUGGCUGUCAUCAACACUGACCCUUUGGCCUGAUUAAGAGUGACUAGUUACUAAUUUCUCGUAAUAUUAUCACUGAAUCAUUCAUUAAGGUCACAAAAUAAAAGAAAUGUUCACUGUUCAGGUAAAAGAGUUAAUAAUGUAUUUUGAAACGUAUGGAAACAUCAUGAAGAAUAUACAUACUGAUUUUAGGGUGUAAAAAGUUAUAGCCUGAUUUUCUCAAUUUUUAGCCGAAUUGAUAAAAUUUAGUCAUGGAAAGUCUCAGUAUAGAUAGCUCCUCUUUUUUACCAUUUCAAUUAACAGUGAAAACAGAUCAGCCAGACAAUUUCAUAAAAUUAAUUUAUUGUAAACCAUGUAUCACUAGAAACUGUAAAUACAGU